UCGGGUGCUGCCAUUGGUGGAGAUUGCGGUAGUGUGUGUGUCUGUGUUCCCGGCGGCUUCUCGGGAGAUCCGGCGAGUGCAGUGACAGAGCAAAGAGCAAGAUGGCGGCGCCGGGAGGGGAGAUUCAGGCCAGCCUCAAUGGCUCUGUCGGGACUGAAGCAGCCAUCGCUCCUGACCAACAGAAUGCACCGCCGCAGCCGCCACCCCCCAACGCAUGGCAGGUGAUUAAAGGGGUCCUCUUCAGGAUCUUUAUUAUAUGGGCCAUCAGCAGCUGGUUCCGCAGAGGCUCAGCUCCCCAGGACCAAACCACAUCUGCUGGGAUUCCACGACCCCCCAGCCGCAACCUCUUCCCUAAAGAGACAUUAAUGGACCUCUAUGUGUUCCUUUCAGAGAAGGAACAUUUCACAGAUUUUAACACCUCUACUGCCCUCUUCUGGGAGCAGCGAGAUCUGGUGUACGGGGACUGGAGCAGCGGUGAAAAUGGAGAUGGCUGCUAUGAACACUACUCCGAAAUCAAUAUUCCAGAGGCAGUCCAGAACAACGGCUCCUUCUACAUCCAUGUAUACCUGACUAAGAGUGGCUUCCACCCAGAUCCCACCCGGAAGGGUGUACAUCGGCGGCUGGCCACAGUCUACACAUCCCGUAUGCUUAAUAAAUACAAACGCAAACGAUUCCUCAAGACCAAGAACCUCUUGACGGGAGAAACCGAAGUUGAUCCGGAGAUAAUUAAGAGAGCUGAGGAUUUUGGUCCUGUAGAGAUCAUCUCUCACUGGCAUCCAAAUUUGACCAUUAAUAUUGUUGAUGACCACACUCCAUGGGUGCAGGGCAGCGUCCCGCCUCCUCUUGACCAAUAUGUGAAGUUUGAUGCCGCCAGCGGGGAUUACUAUCCUAUAGUGUACUUCAAUGACUACUGGAACCUACAGAAGGACUACAUGCCGGUGAACAUCAGCGUAACCAACUUGCCCUUACGGCUGACGUUUUGUCCUCUGUCCUUGUGGCGGUGGCAGCUUUAUGCAGCUCAGAGCUCACGUAGCCCCUGGAGCUUCCUUGGAGAAGACUUGUAUGAGCAGUCUGAUGAGGAGCAGGAUUCCAUUAAGGUGGCCCUUUUAGAGACCAACCCCUACCUCCUAGCCCUGACCAUCACAGUGUCCAUCGUACACAGUAUCUUUGAGUUUCUGGCUUUUAAGAAUGAUAUCCAGUUCUGGAACAGCCGUCAGUCUCUGGAGGGUCUUUCUGUCCGGUCUGUCAUCUUCGGUGUAUUUCAGUCCCUUGUGGUCUUGCUUUAUAUUCUGGACAACGAAACCAACUUUGUGGUGCAGGUCAGCGUGGGCAUUGGUUUGCUGAUCGAUUUCUGGAAGAUUACUAAAGUCAUGGAUGUCAAGUUGGACAGAGAGAAUAAAGUGGCUGGUAUCUUCCCCAGAGUGACCGUGAAGGAUAAGUCCACAUAUGUAGAGUCGGCCACAAAGGUGUAUGACGAUAUGGCGUUCCGAUACCUGUCCUGGCUCCUCUUCCCAUUGCUGGGAUGCUAUGCAGUAUACAGCUUGCUGUACAUGGAGCACAAGAGCUGGUAUUCCUGGGUACUGAGCAUGUUAUAUGGCUUCCUACUCACAUUUGGAUUUAUCACCAUGACUCCUCAGCUGUUCAUUAACUAUAAACUGAAGUCAGUUGCCCACCUCCCAUGGAGGAUGUUGACCUACAAAGCCCUGAACACCUUCAUCGAUGACCUGUUUGCUUUUGUCAUCAAGAUGCCCAUGAUGUAUAGGAUCGGGUGUCUGCGAGAUGAUGUGGUCUUCUUCAUCUACUUGUAUCAGCGCUGGAUUUACAGAGUGGACCCCAAGCGGAUGAAUGAAUUUGGAACCAGUGGGGAGACUCCCGCUCCUCUCCCUGUUCAGGAUCAGCCAGCACUCACUUACCCCGACCCUGAGGACACAACCCCACCAAAACCAGAAGAAGACAAAAAGAAAGACUGAUUAUUUUAUUUUUCUUGUUCCCAUUCUACAUGAACUGUUAAACCCCCACAGGGGGGGUAAAUCAGCUGCUGUUUUAUAUAUAAAUCCCCUCUGUCCCCCUUUGUUGAGACGGCGUCGUCCCCCCCCCCCAAAUCUGUUAAUAUGUAUAUGGGACUGGUGAAGUUUGUCUUUCUCUGCCCGCCCUUUCAGUCAUCCUGUCCGUCUUUCUGUCCGGUCUGUUCUCUUACUUUCUCUCUCGCCCCUCGGUCUCUCCCACUCGAGCUCCUUCCUCUCUUCUAGAAGUCCAUUGUGCUGUGUCUUUUCCUCUGCCUCUCAGUCAUGACUCCUCCAUGGGAUCAACAUGCUCAAAUUGGGUUUAAUAAAUAUGGCCGCUCUCUAUCCUACUGCAGUUUGUGCGGCAGCGUAGCCCAAGAUGUUUCAAGCUUGUUUUACACCAAAGGAGCUAUAGUGGAUUAUAAAUCUGCAGGUUAUGGGGUCAGGGUCCGUCUCUGGCCUGUUAUCUGCCCCCAUGUGGUAUAUUAACUACAUUCAGGUCCUGUUAAAGCUCAAGCCUAAAGAGCAUUUCCCCCAAAAUAAAAGAUCGCCAGACGUCCCACCGCGUGCAAUGAAAAUGUUGCAGUGAUUGAUAGAGAUAUCGUUUUCCUAAAACCCUGAAUGACCAAGUUAUCCAGAUUUAACCCUUGUUUGAGCGGCCAUAUUGGUUGUUACCCCUGCUUUCUAGGGAUUUCCAGCUCUUGGGCUUUUGUAUUUUUAUUUCCUUCUUUUAGGGGAAAUGCUCUUCACCAUUAGAAAUUCAGAUCUCUUUGCACUGAUACAUAAGACACAUAAUGUACUCGGACAGUAAGGGCGGGCUCACACGUGGCAUAAAAAUACGCCACAAAAUCCGCACUAGUGAAAAUACACAAGCGGAAUUACACUGGUGGAUUUUGUGGUGCACUUUUAGCGCAAAAUUUCACAUGGCAUUGAAGUCUUAAGAUGAAAUUCCACGCUCUGAAUUCACAACAUGUGGAAAAUGCCGGAAAAAGUAUCUCUGCAGCGGGAAAAAAAAUAAUCUGCGGGGAAAUUUAAAGGGGUUAUCCAACCCCUAUGACACCCGAAUGCCCGGGCCACUCGUGUACAUUAGACUUAGCCGGCACCCGCAUCCCUCCGCAUGGCUGCUGCAGCAUCUCCCAGUUGCGCAGAUCAAAACAUCCAGCGACAGGGGGAGCAGCCAAUUGUGGGCUGCGAUGGGGACGAGCCUCCCUAACGUCAUCCGCAAUGCUAGGGAGGCCGGCAGCUGCCUUAUUUCCGUGGGAAGCCGCACAGCCAUUCGUGCAGCCGACAGUUUAAAGCCGUGACCGUGCCAAGAAAGGACAGGUCUAGAGAUUAAUACUGUAUGGAGAUCAGUCUCUGUACAGUAUUAAAAUGUACGGGCUCCCAUGAGCCAAAGUCAGUUAUUCGCAAGUGACUUUGUUGAAUAAUUAAUUCCCGAAGUCUGGCGCCACUUUGCAAAUAACUAACUUUGGCUUAUCGGAGCCCAUACAUUUAAAGUUUUGAACAAAGCGACUUCGUAUGUAACAUCCGAAGCUCGCUUUGCUCAUCUUUAGACAUGUCCUUUUUUUUGUCGCGGUGUCCGUUGGCUGUUUAGCUCCAUUAAGUGGAGUCGGCAGCAUUGAAAUUGGAGAAAGAAAAAAAAUAAUAAAACCAGGCACAAACCGUGGUGGUUUCUGAUGCAGAUUUUGAUGGUGUCAAAAUUUGCUGUGUGAACAUAGCCUUAGGAAUACAGGGUGUAGGUCGCCACAACAGAUUUUUAUGAAACAAAGAUACGUCACUUGUGAAUUCACCCUAAAGCAGGGAUCAGCAACCUUCGGCAUGCCGGCUGCUGUGAAACUACAACUCCCAGUGUGCAAUCGUACUCUGGUAUACCUUUAACUCCCACAGCAGUGAAAGGAGCAUUCUGGGAGUUGUAGUUUUGGAACAGCUGGAGUGCCGGAGGUUCAAAGUGGGUCCUUGUCCUACUAGAGCAGGCAUCCUCAAACUGCGGCCCUCCAGCUGUUGCAAAACUAAAACUCCCAGCAUGCCCGAACAGCCUACAGGUAUCAGCCUACAGCAGGGCAUUGUGGGAGUUGUAGUUUUACAACAGCUGGAGGGAUGCAGUUUGUGGAUGCCUGUACUAGACAAUAGAACGGCUUCUCCGAUCCUUUCAUUGCCUGUUUUACUGACCACUUUCACGCUGUAAAAAGAUGGAGGAAGCCCAUGUAUCUUUCCUGUUGUAAAAUAUGGUUUUCCACGGUGUUCAGGUUUUACCGGUAAUCUCUUUUGUAUUAGGUUCUGGACAGCACUGCUGUAGAGGUGUAACAUGCAGAGGUACACAGCUGAUUUAAUUGGACACAAUUGUGUUUUUUUUUUGGCGGGUUGUUAACUUUGUGAACGCUGCUGGCCUAUUUUUCACCUGGUGGUACUCCCAUCAUCUGAGGCCUCUAUUACACUGAGAGUACUAGUUGACUCUGUAAUAACCCUGGUAAUCCACAAUAGCAGAGAACACGAUUGCUUCGGUACUUGUCUGUGUCGUCGCCCCUCGAUUAGAUUUGAAAUUCUGUUCUGAUCAAGGAUUUAAUUUAUCUUUUGGAUCCAGAGGUCCGAAUUCCCUCCAUAAACAUUAAAGGAGUAGUUCACCCCUGAGGACCUUUUCUACAGACCCGCACUAGUACGCGUACUUACAUGAUCCCCGCUGCUGGUUUCUGGCUCCAUUCCUGCCUACUCUGCAGGUUCAGCGUCUCCCAUAGUCGUCAUCCUGUUUGACCCGGGUCACGUGACUGCUGCAGCCAAAGACUGGUGUCACACAUGGGUGCAGUCAUGUGACCCACAUCAAACAGGAUGCUGACGAGGGGAGACUCGGGACCUGCAUAGCUAGCGAGGCAGUCAUGGAGCCAGCAGCGAGGAUCAGGCAAGUAUAACUACCACCACGAGUCCAGCCACCCUGGAGGGUCUGUAGAAAGGGUCCCCCUUUAAAACAUUGUUCUGUCUGCCUGCGGCCACCACUAGAGGGAGCUAACUGUAUACAGUUUAUACCUAGAACACGAAGUAUGCAGUAAGCUCGCUCUUGCAGCUAUCUAUGCAGGAGAUUUGGAGCUCUGUAAGGAAAAACCAGCUCUGACCUCUGUAAAGAUAUCUUAUGGAAUGAAUGGGCAUAGUGUUUUCUGCCUUUCAUUUUCUAGAGUUAAGGGGUGCGCCCCUCUCCCUAUGGAGAACAUGCAUGCCCAGGUGAGCUAAGUGUGUAUGGGAUGGUUGGAAGGAAUAGCUAAUAUCCUAAAAGUUAACGCUAUACUUCAAAUUGAAUUUUUAAAAAUUUGCGGUGCCAGCUCGUUGUGCCACAGAAGUCCUUUCACAGUAAUAGAAUCCUCCAAAUAACAGGACGUACCAUCAGGUGAAGGAAAACCACAAAAAUGCGCUCUUCAAAAAGGGAACAACCCCUUGAAGGGAAUCCGUCACCGUGAUUGCUGUAAUACAUGAGUAGUACUGUAAAUACGGAGUCCAGGUUGCCAUCUUUGUAUUUGCCUACUGCUCCCCGUUACCCCCGCUGUGCUGGACUGCUGUGCGCAUGAACAGCAGUCCGGUCAAUAUAUUUCAGCGCAGCUUUAAACAUGGACAGUGAGGGAACAGAGGGCGGUAGGGAAGUGAAACAUAGCGAUCUGGACUCCAUAUCUGCAGAACUACUCGUGUGUUACUGUAGAUAAGGGUCCAAAAUCGGGGUAUCGGAUUCCCUUAAAUAUUUAAAAUGAACUGGAACGGACGAGCUGAAAUAAUAAUAAAAAUGUCCUUAGAACUGAUUCCAAUGAACAUGACGUCGCACAGGUUCUAUCAUAUCAUAUGCUGUGUUUUUAGUAUUAUUAUAAUUUUUUUUUUUAACCUGGACAUGUUUGAUUCAUUUGUGAAAUGUUUGUAGAGAAAAUGUCAGAUUUGAUGUCACACGGGGUUUGUGAACUUUGAAGCCAACACAUAAUAAUAUAUUUGGCAACUGUGUAUA